GAAACGGGUGUGAACGGCUUGCUUUUCUUUUCUUUUCCGCAGUGCUUUGUAAAUACAUAUAUAUUUGUAAUUGAACCGCUUCCUUUUCUCACUUUGAGUUCUGUGUGUGGAAUCAUGUACACCAACGACCCCCAUCAAAAGAAACGGUGGUUCAAGAACAGCAGUGGCGCAGACGCAGCCGCCUCCUCGGGCUAUCUCACCCCGCUCCAUAAGUCGACGCGGACGGCCGCCGCGGCGAACACGUCGCCAGCCCGACUGACCGCCUCAACGGCACGCUCGCCCCUCCCUCCGAUGUGGAGCCCCAUGCGGAACUCGGAGUUUGUCGAGGAUAGAGGCUUGAAAGACCGCCCCACCACCGUCAUGGACCCGCUCGCCGCGUUACGACAGUGCCUCCAGUACGUGUGCAGCCACCCCGAGAUCUACGGCGACGACGUACGCGGGCUUCUGGACCGGGAGGUAAUGCACGUGGUGCGCCUAAAGGCGUCGGAGGUGGCGCUGAUUCGGGGACAGCGGCCACUGCUAGUGGACCCGCUCGACAGCACCUCGAUUCUGCAGUCACCGCGCUCCUUUGCGAGUCCCAAAGCCUUACCGUCCAUCUCCACUACGAGCAACCCCGCCGCGGCAUCUUUUCCACCUACCUCUUCCCUUUCAUCUCCUGCUGCUGCGGCGGUGGGCGCCUGCAAUGGCUGCGUGCCAGCUGGGGACCUUUUCGGCUACGGAAGUGUAUCGUUCCUGCCGCCUAGCUCUGCCGGCUUUAGCGCACUGUUACGAGACACACGAGCCCACGCGACGAGCGGGCGAAUGAAGAUGGUGUCCGCGAAGGAUGAAUCCAACAGCCCCGUCCAUCUUCCGCUGUUGACCGGCACCCUACCGCUAGACGAACCAAUCCAAUGGAAUGGCACGCUACCGCCUUCCUCCUCUGCGAGACCCGCCACCGCUGAGGCCAAUGCUGCAGACGCUGAGACCACCAUUGAUGAUGGUCCCGCACCGACUGCAGCGGGACAAACACUCACGGACGACACGGAUGAAGUCGUGUUGCACGAAACGAACAGAGCACUCACCAACAUGGUCCCGUCAUCUCGAGACUUCUCACUUGAGUACCCGUACACGGACAUGCAGCACCCCGACGAUGCGCGUUUGUUUCGCCAGGUGGAUGAGCCGAGUCACAAUGUCACACUGCCGCCGUCGCGUCGCGACAUGCUGUGGGCGGCGGACGGCAGCGCCGUCGUGCUGGACCAGCAUGGGUACGAGGUGACCUAUCUCCGCACGCAGUUGCAGCAGCUGGAGGCGGCCUUCAACGCCAAGUGUGUGCGGCUGCACGAGUUGGAGAGCGAGAACAAACUGUUUGCGGAGCAGAUGAAGACGUCGGAGGAGGCCGCCGCCCGCUGGUCCGCGGAGCAUCACGCCAUGGAAGGCAAAGUGGAAUCGCUGCGAAGGGAGCUGGACGGGUGGAAGGAUCGCGCGACCGACGCCCUUUCAGCGGCGACACAGCAAAGUAAACAGCGGACGCAACACGCAAAGCAGCUAGCGAGUAAUCAGAUCAACGACGCCAAGCAGGAGGCGGCACGUUUAAGUCAGCUAUGGCGUGAGACGGAACGGGCGUUGCAGGAGUCGCGACGCGCUUUUGAGAACACGGAGAAGGAGGCCAACGCGGCGCACAAUCACUUGGCAGACGCCUUUCAUUAUCUGGAGCGACUUGAGCGACGGGUGGCACGGCGAGACGCGUACGUGCAGUUGUGUGAGCGGCGUCACCGGUCACUGGAAGAGAAGUAUGAGAAGCUCAUGUGGGGCUACGAGGAGCUGAGCGCGGUCGAGGGGCGCUACUCCUACGUGGACUACCUGUUGACGACGCGUCCGUUGUGGUCGGUGUAUCAGUUUCUGUGCCUCGUUGAACACCGCGGCGAUUAUAUGAUGACGGAGGACCAAGGUGAGUGGAAGCGCAGCAUGGCGAUCAUGGCCGCGCCGCUUUCCGAGAUCAACGAGGCUUCCGGCAAGAGAGGCAGCGCGGUGGCCGAGGCUGCGGAUCAGCAGUCGUGGCUGCUGUUCGCUCGCACACCACACGGCGGCUGCUACCCCGGCGCGUACUUCGACCCCACACUGGUCCUGCGUUUGAUAGUGAGCGAGGUGACGGCGGAGGCCACGCGUCGUGGGCGUGCGAAGCAGCUGCGCACCAAUCUGCACGGCUCCGUUGCCUGCCGCGUCCUUCGCUGGGGUGAACGCUUUGCCAUCGACUACCUCGGCGGUCAGGACAGCUUCCCCGAUAGCGGCGAAUUGAAUCGCAAGUUUGUGCCGGUGCUCACGUUAGCGUCGGUGCUGCUGCCUCUGCGCAACCAACUCGGUGCCCUUAUUGAGAGUGAAAGGAAGAUCUCUACUGCUGCUGCUGCACCGACUGCGAAUAGCAGCGAGCCACCACCGAAAGAGACGGCAGCGUCUGCGGCGACAGCGAAUGCGACUAUCCCGAACGUGCACCGGUACGACGAGGCCACUGUUCGCUUUGUGCUGCGAUGCUUCUGGAAGGAGCGGCUGAACGCCUUUGCGCGACAGAUGAGAACCCGCCUGAGAGCGAUCCAAGAGAGGCGGCAACGACUGGCGCAGCGCAACACACGACGGCAUCGCAACCCGAACUUCUCCACCAGCGGCAAUUCGGCGGGAGGCGACGCCCCUUUCACACGGCGCAAGGCAGACGAAGUACGACGCGGUGGUAAAGGUGAUGGCAGAGGAGGAACAGCAGCUGUGCCGGAAGACGACGACGACGACGACGACGACGAGUUCACUGAAGCCGCGCCUGAAAUUUCCACGUUUCUUACCGCGUUGGUGGACUUUUCGACCCGUUUUACGAAGCUGUCCGCCGCCGCCGGAGGCGUUCCCGGUGGCAUCCCACCAGGAGUUGUGGACGAGGAGGCCACCGCCGCCGCAUCCUCUGAAUCGUCGCCGGUGCCCAACAAGUCCACUCUUCUGCGCGUUCGCGGCGUGCUCGCGCGUGGCGGCUCCGCCUGGGUCGGCAGCACCGCCAGCAAAAUAGCGGGAGGUGCGGCAUCAGCAUCUUUCCCUUCCUCUUCGUCCGACACUGCGCCGUGGGACUGCGGCCGUGUCUUCUUUGCCACCGUCCUCCUUCACAACCCCGCCAGCGACGAGAACGCAGCGGCACCGGCCGCCAACACCAUUGUCACCGGCACGGCGGACACACCGAAAUUGAACCCGGUGGAGGACGGUUGCGAUACGGAAGUUGCAGCGCUCGCUGAGGACGUGCGUGAGCUGCUGGCGGCGCUGUACUACUACACGAUGGAGUACAAGUCACAGGACCCUGACUUCCGACUGUUCUAUUUGGUGUCCCACCAACUCAUUCCCGAGAUGGUGGCCGUUAACUUCUUUGCGAGUCUCGAAGCGUUUCAGGCCGACUGCGUUGCGCUGCUGGAGAAGCGAAUCCAAUACCUCGUCGGCGAGACGGAGAACCCCACCAAGACGGUGUUCGACUCCGAGGCGACGGAGACGUCAUAUCUGGUGGACGACCCCCUCACCUCCCUGUCGCGGGUCGUGCAGCUUAUUGACGACGCGCCACUCGACGGGCAGGACGAGGAAAUUGAACCGGACAGCGACGGCGAGGGGUACGGGAGCAUUCUACCGUAUCGCCCGAAGGCGCACGUACACAGCAUGAGCAACACUGCCCAGGCGGGGAUGCUGUCCGCACCGGUGUCGCUCACCGCCGACGACGACCGCAGCGACGCCGGGAGGAGAGACUCGGACUCGUCUUCACGAACGACGCAGCGGCGGUCUAGAGAGCUACAACUGCUGCACAACAUUCGUGCCUACUUAAAGGAGCGACGGCCCUCGAUGCAGCAGGAUGGAGACAACGCGGAUGACAUCAACAAGACUGCUGUGUUCGAGGGUGAGGGUCCGCUGGGCGUUUCCCUGGAAUUGGACAGAGGGGAUUUGGCACGUAGCGGCGGCGGCGUCGCACCGACGACGGACAACUUAUCCGCCUUCGCCUUUGGCGACGCACCGCCGGAGUGGAUGACGCUGGAGGACGCAGUGAUGCGGACCCUUGCCCCGCACACGGCUCUUCUUGAUGCCUACCGCGACCGCGUCGGCGCCAAGACGACGGACGCGGCUGCGAUCGCCUCUUGCACCUCCAUGGCCUCACGUGGCAGCGCCACCUCGGCCGUGCCGACAAGUGGGAGAGAAGAACGCAGCUACCUACGCCGCAAGCGCAACGACCGCAAAACGCGCCACGAGGUCGCCAAGUGUCUCAGCGCCACUCGGGGCCUGCUCACGUUGAACGACAUCCUCGCCCUGCUGCAGGGACACUGCUUCUCCACCUACGCGCUAUCGUGUUGCGGUACGCCGCGCUUCUCGCUGACAGAUGCGCUGAUGAAGGGAAAUCCCAUGGGCAGCGGCCGCUUCGGCGGGUCCGCGACAGGCGAGACGGCGACCGCGACGACGCUCCUGCAGCCCCUCUCCGUCGUUGGGUACAUGCCACCGACCGGUUUGCAUCUGCAACGCCUGCGGUUUGCUUUGUCGCUGGACCAGCCGAGUCACGUGGUGAAUGCUGCCACGCUCUUCACUGUGGACCCGGUCACCAAGGCGAACACGCACCUUUACAACACCUACCUCACGCUGACACUCGACCUCUUUCAGCAGCAGCAGUCCUUCUUGAUGCAAUGCGUCCUGUCGAGUUGUGCCGAGCGGCACGAAAGAUAUGCCGCGGAAGGCGCGGAAGACUGCGAUGGGCAGAUACCGAUUGCCUUUCUCCGGAAAGGCGUCACAAAGGCCAUGGCCGCCGUGCAGGGCAGCACGCAGCAUGCAGCGGCGCUUGUCAACCACUUUGUGGAGUACGACGAGCUGCUGCGACUGGAAGAUGAAGUGAAACUGGAGCAGUUCGCGGAUGCGCCGCUGCUGUUGAACGUUCCCGCAGAACCGACGGGGGUGCUGAGUAUGUCGGGGGCGACGAGCUUCUACCGUCACGACACCAACGCGAACCGUAACCGCAGCUCUUGCCACUCCGAUGACGCGGUGCCUCCCACCGGCCCUCGACGGGGUUCGGUGGUGGAGGAGAUCGAAUUUGCGGAGUUCAACCUGCGCGAGGAAGCGGAAAGCUGCUCGCUGUUGCACAUUGCGUUCGCGGUGCGGAUGACGUACAUUGUGUGGGGCCGCAUGUGCGCCGACACCGCCGCGGCGAUGGUGCAACGUGUGGUGCAGCGUGCCGUCCCGACGUCUCGCUCGCAAGUCGAUCCCACGCAGGCGAGCAGCACUGCGCUGAGCGUGGUGGAACUCCCGGAGUGGGACAUCUUUGAACGACAGGUGCAUCAACGGUACCGUCGAACACUCGCGCGGCUGCGCGAUGGCCACAACGGGGAUGACAAUCCACUGCGUCGCACACUGCGAGGUGAAUACAUGCAGGCGCUGGGCAUCACUUCCAUGCUCCCCAGCGGUGGGGGCGGGGGGGAUACGGCAGGAAAGGUGUCGCGGGGAGCUGCUGGUGCCGCUGGUGCUUCGGUUGCCGGAGGCGACGGCACGACAACUGACAAAGCUCAGUCGCUCUAUCCGGACAUGGCGCGCGCGUUUAACUCUGCGGAGGCGACUCUUCCGUCGGCGUCCAGGGUGGAGGGUGAGAGAGGGACAGCGGCGACAAACAGCGAAAGGAGCAAAAGAAAGGACGGGGCCAGAGCGUCUAUCUCGCACACCUCGCCCACCUUGUCAAAACACUCCUCCUCGAUCUCUGCUCUAUCCGAGGAAAGAGGGAAGAGUGUGCUGCUGCCGCCAGACUUCGGGUUGCUUAGUCUCACUCGCGCUCUCGGCUUCGCCUCUCCGGUGGCGGUGCCCACCGCUGGCCCUGCCGGCAGCCACACGGGCGGCACAGCGGCUUCGUCAAAGAAAGCUGCGGCCAAAAAGGCCGCUAAGAAGUCUGCCGGCAAGAAGGUCGUGGGUGUUGAGUCUGGCAGACUGUCUACCGAGGUGCAAGAGGAGUACACACGUGCGUUGUCGACUCAACUGCAGACCUUCGCGAUGCGCAUUGCCCGUCUUAUCAAGCUGAAUCCACAGGAAGUCCAUGGAAUUGCAGCGCAAGGCGAAGCGCUGCAUGAGACGCCUUCGCAGACGCAGACAAGGGAAGAAGGGGGGACAACGACGGUUGAGCUGCUUCGCACCAGUGCGCUGCCCAGCGUGGAUCCGGAAGGCUCACUCGGGCCGCUGGUCACCACGCCUGUCAGGACGCGUAUGCGAUCCGUUGCGUUCGUGAAAGACGCUUACGGAAGUCAGGGGCUGGACGAUGAUCGUCGGUCCAUGGCUAGCAACGGCCGCGACGGGCCGGCCAGACGUGGCUCUCAGGGAGCUUAUGCGCUGAUGUGGCGUCCCGUUUUUGCAGAGGAGACGCGAGAGUCCGAGGCGACUGCCGCACACACCGGCUCUGCGAGUGCGGUGUUGGACGUUUCGAAGCUCUACGCUGCCUGUGCGGCUCUGAGCAUUGUAUGA